UCGUGCAAAAAGUUCGCGAUCCAGGUAGACCCAGGUGCUUGCCCCUUCUCUCCCUCCCCCAACUCGUGGUGUACCUCGUAGAACGCGUUCUUUAUUUUUCUUUUUCAAGAUUUCGCGUCAGUUCUUCGGUUCAACUUCUAUUUCAUUUGAUUCGCGAGGAUGGCGCACUGGAUCACAUUCGUCCUCCUCGUCGUGGCGACGACGAUCCUGAUGACGGAGUCUAGAGUCAUUCCAGCUGAACCUAUUUCAGUGAUGCUAGAUCCUUACGGAAAUCCUAUAGUGUUCCUCCGGGAAAAGAGGACAGCCGUGCACCCGUACCCUCAGAGAGCGAUGAUGUUCACCGGAUACUACAGACCCGUUCGUCGUUCGAAUCACGGUGGCCAGGCGACCGGUGUUUUCGCGCAAGGGAACGCGGUGAGCGGUGAGGCAUUCUUCGGUGGCAUGCAGCCACCUCAUUUGAGCAACGGGCCGGAACCGAUCGAGGAACCGGAAGUGUCAAGCGCGGAGGCGCAAGCCGCCCCAGAGGUGGACGAGGCUUACAACGAGGACGAGCAACAUCAGGUGCAACAGGAGGAAGAUUAUCAGCAUAACGAGCGUCCUCAACAGGACGAACAUCGUCCACACGAUGAAGCGAAUCAUCCUCAGCCUCAGGGUGAUGACCAACAUCGAGAGGAAGACGAGCAGCAUCAACAUAAGCAACAAAGUGUUCCUCAGGAGCAACCGGAACCGGAACCUGUCCCCGUGUUCACGACCGAGGCAGCCGCGGUGACCCCAGUAACGGAGAGUCCAGUGUCGAGGCCGAUCAGAGAGGCAAAUCCAGAUCCUCACCGCCAUUUCGGUGGACUCGGUGGAAUCGGUGGAAUCGGUGGAUACGGUGGAUACGGUGGAUACGGUGGAUACGGUGGAUACGGUGGAUACGUUGGAUAUGGUGGCUUUCCCAUAGGCGGCUUCGGAGGUUCUCACAGCUCCGCUGGUGCUAUUAGCUCCCCGUUCGGAAGCGCUGCUUUCUCCAGCUCAAGGACCGGGUACGCAUUCUUCUUCCAUAUGUUUCAAAAUCAAACGGAGGUCGAUCAACAAAGGAGCGCAAGGGUUCAUCGGGUGUCCGACCGCGAGUUCACCGGAAAUGAAGAUUCUCAGUUAAAGAAUGCCAUCAAGGACAUCGUGAUCAAGCAGGCUGUUCUAUUGGGGAGCGAGGAGAUCGAGAAAUUUCUCACCGAUUUUCCUAAUUUGAGCAAUCUCGUGCAACACGAGACCCAAUUGUUUAAGGAGCUAAACAUGAUCCUAAUGGAGCUGGUUCGAGACGGAACGGUCACGUUGAAAAACAUAGAUCAUACGAUCAACGAGAUGAUGGGGAUGAGCGUGUCACAGACUUCCGUCAAACCUGUAACAAAGAACGAUAAUCUGGGAAAUCUUUCAAAUUCGUUAGAGCAAUUGGGUAGCCAAGAGAACGAGAAUCGGGAGAAUUCGAGACUUCCGGUCUCUCGGAUCGAAUCGAUGAACGAACAGGAGCUGAGGAAGGUGAAGAACGUAGCCCAGACACUGGACAAUGUGAUGAUGGAGAUCCAGAAACACGUGACUUUCGUUCGAAGCGUUUUUGACAGGCUUUGCAGGACGUUGAGAACGAACGGAUCGGGACGAACUGGCCGAUCUUCCCGAUUCCGAAUACUGACUCAGUUCGAGAAUUUCAGACGGAUGUCCGGGGAACGCAGCCUCUCGCCGAGCGCGAAACCUCGAAUGGAACGCGGGAGCGGCGUGAGCGUCGUCGACGUCGGCGUCGGCGCCGACAGACAAGGCGCCGUCAACCUUCGUGGCGGCGCGACGUUCAUGAAAAGUGUCUCGAUCUUCUUGAUGAGCGGUCGUAAAGCAUCGGUGAACAGCAACAGGCAGACGAGCAGCUCAGCCAGCCCAAAGCACGAGCCCAGGAGGAGGCAUCGUAGGAGAAUGCCGGUGCCCGCCACGGCAAGAACCUCCGGGUACACGGUCAAGCUGAUCGAGUCGUUGAAGAGGAAAACUAGAUUCUCGUGGUCCGAAUUGGAUAAUCUGUGCAAACUGUACAAAAAGUUAAUCAAUCCAGGGCAGCAACAAGUAGGGCAAUCGGUUAUUAUCGGGAGGAGGUCUCAACCGAAUCAAAUUACAGAGGGUAUCGACAGAACCAUCUUCCGCGAGUUAUUGCACAACACGUUCAAAGUGAUCACGGAGGACACGUUGGUGGAGCGUAUAUUCUGUUGCUGGGAUCGUGAGAACGAGGGAAUAAUUAGAUUGGAACCAUGGAUCAUGGGUCUGGAUCUGUAUCUUCGAGGCAGCCUACGGGAGAAAAUUGAAUUUUGUUUCAAAGUGUACGACUUGAACAAUGAUGGAUUCAUUACGAAGGAUGAAAUAUUUCAAUUGUUCAAGAAUUGUUUGAUAAAGCAACCGGGAGAAGAGGAUCCUGACGAGGCGGUGAAAGAUUUGUCCGAGCUGGCGUUGAAGAAACUAGACGUGGAUCGGGAUGGGAAAAUAUCAUUUCAGGAUUAUAAAUUGGGUGUAACGGAGGAGCCAUUGCUGUUGGAAGCUUUUGGCCAGUGUCUAUCCACGGAGGAGAAUUGUGCUUCUAUCCUUGCCACGUUAAAGUCGUGAAGUGAAUAUGGAUCCGGGGAAGGAUGUUUCGCUGGAAAAAGAUAAUAGAGGUUAAUUAAUUGUAGCCAAGAUAUUAAAAUGCACUCAAAGGAUUUGUAAUCAUGGCACCUGCCGUUUAUUAAAAACAAAUUCGAUAGUAAUCGUAA